UCUUCCGAUUUCCGAUAGUGAGCACGGGCUCUUCGGCCUUGGAAGGCGUCACCAUUCCGGGGCGGUGAGCACCGGCUCUUCGGCCCUGGGAGGCAUCACCAUUCCCAGGUGAUGAGCACUGGCUGUUUGGCUGUGCAAAGCAUUGCAAUUCCAGGGUGAUGAGCCCAGGCUGCUCAUCCCUACAAGGCAUCACCAUUCUGGGUGUGAACAUGGCUGAAAAUCAGCCCUUGGCGCCGGUGUCGGAGGGUGUGUUGGACAUGGACCAGGUGGAGUACACCUUGCGCAAGAGGCUGCCACACAAACUGCCAAAGCGCAAGAACGACAUCUAUGUCAACAUGAAGACGGACUUCAGGGCACAGCUGGCCAGGUGCCAGAAGAUGCUGGACAGCGGCUGCUUCAGUGAGAUCUGCAUCCAUGGCCUGGGGCUGGCUAUCAACCGAGCCAUCAACAUCGCCCUGCAACUCCAGGGCGGCAGCUUUGGGGCGCUGCAGAUCGCGGCCAACACUUCCACUGUCGAGCUGGUGGACGACCUGGAGCCAGAGCUGGACGAGGGCGAACCCUUGACUCGCACCAGGAACAACUCCGCCAUUCACAUCAAGGUCUUUCACACCCUCCCCAAGUAGAGGGUGGCAGUGGCUACAUACGUUUUCAACUGAGGGACAUUAAAUGUAUUUCUGAAUGA